AUGUUUGGGAGAACUUCUAAGGUCAAGACAGAGACCGUGUCUAUCUAUACUGUUUCAGAAUCCGCCAAGACCGCUGAUGCGAAGAGCCUCUGUGCUGCUCCAGAAUCCGCCAAGACCGUCUCUGAUGCAAAGAAUCUCUGUCCUACUCCAGAAUCCACCAAAACUGUAUGUGCUGUUCCAGUUUCGUACGUUUCUAUCUCAUAA